AUGCUAUCAGGCAAUACAAAUCAACGUAUAAAACUUGCAAGGAAAGAUACGGAAGGUGAAAUUCAGGAGCAAGAAGGAUACUUUACAUUCACUGAUGAGAAUACUUUGGUGAUAACAUUGGACAAACUCGGAAGGUUCCAUUUCCACGUAUCAAUUCCAUUGGAGGAUUGUGAGAACCAAACGCCUGUCAAUGGUAGGGUCGUGGCUUUGGAUCCUGGUGUUCGAACGUUUAUGACAUGUUAUGGCCCAAGCGGUAGAUUUGUGGAAUGGGGUAGUAACGACUUCAACAUCGUAAGCUUGCGUAAACGGACAAAUUACAAAGUGAUCUGUAUAUCAAAAGCGGGAAGAAUACAAAAGAAUAAGAUAUCUGUUGCGAAGAAAGAAGCGCAGGAUCCGCAAACAAUAUUCAUACCAACAUUUGAGACUUCAAAUAUGGGAUCAAGGCCACGAGAAACAUGCUGA